GAAACUCAGUGCCUUCUACCAAAGGUGAGACCGUAGUAUCCAGAAAUGUGUUCACUGCUAGAAGUAUUUCAAAGACAAAAGUGGUGACUAUAGGAAAGUUAUGUUAGGCUCGCACAUUGAAAAGUGGUCUCAGGACAGUCUAAAUGGCUAAUACUUAGUCUAUAUUUCUGUUGUUCUCCCUUUCAGAUAGUGGUCACGGCCAAGUCGUCAUCCGAAGUGGAUGAACUUUUCAUUGACGACACAGGGUCCGGGGGUUACUACCCUGAAGAUGAUGACGACUUUAACUCAGGGUCAGGAUCAGGUAAGAGUCUGGUCACAGUAGCCUUCAACUGGGUCGACACGCACAGGGAGGCAGGCUGGCAGACACACAAACACACACACAUACGUACACAAACAGUCACUUCUGUAUACUGUGUCUUUCACCCAGAAUGGGCAUGUCUGUAGAACUGAGGUCUUACUUAGGUAUUGAAGCCCCUUUUACAAAACGUUUAACAACAGGCAGAUGGCCAAAGCAAAGAAGGCUGUAAGAAAGUGCUUUGAUAACUUUAGCGAACACUGUUCCCAGUAAAAGGAAACCAGACUCACUUUACCUCCACCUGAUCCCAUCCUAGAAUAUCAGGAGGUGGCCUUGUCUGUUGUGAUUGAAUUAUGAAUUCGAAUGUAAUGUACUUAUAAAAAGUGAUUAUGAAAAGCCUGAUUUCACUUAAAUACAGACUCAAACAUAGACAGUCACCCUUCAUCUUCAACUGAAAGUAAACUGAAAGUAAUUGAGUGCUGGUGAAGUAGUACAACAGUGCUAUCUCCUCAUCUUGCUCUGCAGGCAUUGGUGAGGAGGUGAUUGAGGAGGCGGUGACUGUGAGCACGCUGUACAUUGCCCCCAAAGCAGAACCCACCAAGGACUCCACCAAAGACUUCACUCCUAGAGUGGAGACAGCCACACCCAGAGAAGACCUGCCUAGGGAAACACCCAGGAAGCCAGUCCGAACAGAGGUGAGGGAACAUAACAACUAACCCAUACACCAGACUAUUUAGACCGGCCCACUAAGCUAAAGGUGGACCGGCCCAUUGAACAUUUGCGCGAAAUGCCCUAUGACCAGUCCUUUUCUGCCCCAUAUGGUAGAUAUUAAAUUUUUACUCAGUAAAAAAUUACAAUUAACAGAUUGAAAAUUGCCUGCUAUUUUCUUUGGGGGCCUUUCAAUUCACCACCCCAAAUAACAGUUGAACAUGCACUGACCCCAAUGCUGGAAUUCUAUACAUAAAAAUUAGUCAUUGGUAACAGACCCCUAAUAGUACACUAAUAUUAUAGCAUUUUACUAGACAGACCACUUGAUCUAUGAUCUUUAGUCUGCCCACAGAUGAAGAGUAUAAACCGUCAGUCAUGAGACUUAACUGGUUGAAAUAGCAUGUAAUCAAAUCCCUCUAAUGCCGCAUUGAUAAUACCCCCCAAGAGUUUCCUCUAAGUAUAAGGAUCAAGCAGUCAUCUAGACCCCUGAUGUUGCUCUGGUUUGUGGUACAUUAUGCUGGAUUACUGAAUCAACAGCCAUAAUCUCACAAUUUGGAACACUAUCAGCUCUUGGACCCACCAUGCUCUAUUGGGAGAUGGCCUAGAUUUUGUCACUACCCCUUCAGCCAAGUCAAAGGACGCAGGUCUGUUGCCAAUAGUGGUCCCAUUCCCGUUCCCCUAGCUCCUUCAAUCAUUACGGAUCUGAAGAGACUAGGGAUGGAUGUUAGCAAUACGACCUUGGCUAUUUGCAUUUCGAAACACCCCUAAUUAACCAUAUAUGAUCGAAAUCAUCCCUUUAAAGCCUGUGGGGAAUAUACAACACCGUACCAUGAAAUACAACGUCUCAACCAAAAAAAGCUAAGCAAAAAAUAGAGGUGCUAGUGUCAGAGAUUGAGUACAACCAAAAUGUUUUAUUUGGCUCGCUCAGUUGUGGCUUGACCAGUAAAAAUAAAAGCAUAGCUAUAAAGAGAAGACCAUUAAGACAAUUAGUUGCUUUAGCAAUGGAAAAUAUAUUCACCAAUAAGCCAUCCAUCCUCAACAGCUCCCUCCUGUAGGCGUAGAGGCCAACAUUGCUGUUGUGCAGGAUGAACCUUGCCACCACAUUCAGAAGCGUCUUUUGCGCAUCACAUAACCUAUCACCUGCACAUUAAGAGUGGAAGCCUUUUCUGUUCACAGAGUAGAACUCGUUUUGGGAUGGUGCUUUUAUGGGGAUGUGGUUGCCGUCUAUUGCUCCAUUCGUAUUUAGGAAUGCAUUGAUGUUAAAGAAAGCCUUCUUGACUUCAACCUGUUGUGCGAUGGUGUAUGGAAAUUGUAAGUUCGUUUUUUUUCUGACGAUUGUAUCAAAGACAUUGGCUCAUUGAGGGCUGUAAGAUGCCGAUUUGCAAGCUCCCGCUGAAAAGUGCCCGUUGCCAAAAACCCAAGGGUGGAUAGCACUUGGAUGUGCACCGGAAUGGCAUGUGUUUGCCUUUUUAAAGUAAGUCUUAAAUCCUUGCAAAAAUCCUAUAAGAUUGUUUUUGGGAAACGAUAUCUGACGAGCAAAUCUGAACGUUCUGCCCCAAAAAAUCCCACGUCUCUAAAAACGCGCUCUCUGCAAAAUGCAGCGUGUGCUGAAUCUUCCAACAGAGCAAGAUAAGCCUCUCAUUCGAUUUCCUAUUAUCUCAGUCUUUUAUAGUAUUUCAACAAUAGUUUCACUUUCACACGUGCCUUCUAAUUUAACAAAUGACUGUACUUUAUAUGGAUUAUUAUCGUAACAAAUGCACUGAUGUGGUCAAAAUAUAUGCGUGUCAAGAUAUGUUGCAUGAAUUCACAAUGGAAAUACAAUGAAAUUGAAAAAUGAUUUAAUUACUUAUUAUGACAUUUUCAACAUUCUACGCUUGACAAGCAGUUCCCUUAUUCCACCACUUGGCACUGUGCAUACACAUGGUCAUGGUUGUACGUAAAUGUACGCAAACUCUCAAGCAAACGUUCAUAUUGAUAAAUCUCACACUUUGCGUGGAAUUGAUCCCACGAAUGGUUUACGCACAGAUUUGUGCCUACGCAUGAUUGAUAAAUGAGGCCCCAGGCCAUUAUGCUGGUACAGAACCUGUAUCCCUCCAACUCUUUCAUUCUCUCCUCCCAGCCCCCAGUACCCGUCACAGAGGACGAGCGUAACAACCAGAUCACCAGCGCCCCCAGCUCACCCCUGGAGCCCAUCGAGGUGCGCUCGGAAAACCUCUUCCAGAGAACAGAGGUGCUGGCAGGUAUGUACAGAAACAACACUGGGUUUUGGUGGUUUGGACAGUGGACACAGGCUGCAGUCCUUGUACCUCUGUCUACACAUCUACGCUAGGCUACUGUUUGUGAUAGACUAGAGGUUGAAUAUGGGUUGUGAGCUGUUAAAUAGGAAAUUAGCUCGAAUUUCUUAUAUGACUAACCAGGUUUCCAUAUAAUAUUUUUUAUGCACCUAAAGUACUUAAGCUUUAUGCUCUUUUCCAAUAUAUAUCAAGGGUCUUAUUCUGGUGACAUGACGAUCGAUGCUUGGCUGCCGUUUGACAAAUAACUAAUAAUCUUGCUCUUUUGACCAAGUAUUCACAGCCCCUUGACUUUUUCCACAUGUUGUUGUGUUACAGCCUGAAUUUAAAAUAGAUUAAAUAGAAAUGUUGUGUCACUGGCCUACACACAAUACCCUAGAAUGUCAAAGUGGAAUUAUGUUUUUAGAAACUUUUUGAAAUUCAUAAAAAAUUAAAAUCUGAAAUGUCUUGAAUUAAUAAGUAUUAAACCCCUUUGUUAUGGCAAGCCUAAAUAGGUUCAGCAGUAAACAUUUGCUUAACAAGUCACAUAAUAAGUUGCAUGGACUAUAUAAUAGUGUUUAACAUGAUUUUUCAAUAACUACCUCAUCUCUGUACCAACACAUACAAUUAUCUGUGACGUCUCUCAGUUGAGCAGUGAAUUUCAAACACAGAUUCAACCACAAAGUCAAGGGAGGUUUUCCAAUGCUUCACAAAGAAUGGCACUUAUUGGUAGAUUGAUAAACAUAAAAAAUAAGAGAUUGACUAUCCCUUUGAGCAUGCUGAAGUUAUUCAUUACACUUUGGAUGGUGAAUCAACACACCCAAUCACUACAAAGAUACAGGCGUCCUUCCUAACUCAGUUGCCGGAGAGGAAGGAAACCGCUCAGGGAUUUCACCAUGAGGCCAAUGGUGACUUUAAAACAGUUACAAAGUUGAAUGGCUUUGAUAGGAGAAUACUGAGGAUGGAUCAACAACAUUAAAGUUACUCCACAAAACUAACCUAAAUGACAGAGUGAAAAUAAUAAAAAUAUUCUAAAACAUGCAUCCUGUUUGCAAUAAGGCACUAAAGUAAAACUGCAAAAACAUUUGCAAAGAAAUGAACUUUGUCUGAAUAAAAAGCAUUAUGUUUGGGGAAAAUCCAACACACCACUCUUCACAUUUUCAAGCAUGGUGGUGGCUGCAUCAUGUUAUGGGUAUGCUUGUCAUCAGCAAGGACUAGGGAGUUUCUUAGGAUAAAAAUAAACGGAAUAGAGCUAAGCACAGGCAAAAUCCUAGCCAUGUACGACAAGCCUGCUAGAGUCAUAGUACGGAUGAAGACUGAGCUGGAAUGUGAAGCUAACUAAAGCUGGCUAGAUAUAUGGGGACACCCCUUCAAAUUAGUCAAUUUGGCUAUUUCAGCCACACCCGUUGCUGACAGAUGUAUAAAAUCGAGCACACAGCCAUGCAAUCUCCAUAGACAAACAUUGGCAGUAGAAUGGCCCAUACUGAUGAGCUCAGUGACAUUCAAAGUGGCACCGUCAUAGGAUGCCACCUUUCAAACAAGUCAGUUCGUCAAAUGUCUGCCCUGCUAGAGCUGUCCCUGUUAACUGUAAGUGAUGUUAUUGUGAAGUGGAAACAUCUAGGAGCAACAAUGGCUCAGUCGCAAAGUGGUAGGCCACAAGCUCACAGAAUGGGACCGCCGAGUGCUGAAGCGUGUAAAAAUCGUCUGUCCUCGGUUGCAACAUUCACUACCAAGUUCCAAACUGCCUCUGGAAGCAACGUCAGCACAAUAACUGUUUGUCGGGAGCUUCAUGAAAUGUGUUUCCAUGGCCGAGCAGCCACACAUAAGAUCACCAUGCGCAAUGCCAAGCGUCGGCUGGAGUGGUCGCCAUUGGACUCUGGAGCAGUGGAAACACGUUCUCUGGAGUGAUGAAUCACGCUUCACCAUCUGGCAGUCCGACGGACUAAUCUGGGUUUGGCAGAUGCCAGGAGAACGCUACCUGCCCGAAUGCAUAGUGCCAACUGUAAAGUUUGGUGGAGGAGGAAUAAUGGUCUGGCACUGUUUUUCAUGGUUCGUGCUAGGCCCCUUAUUUCCAGUGAAGGGAAAUCUUAACGCUACAGCAUACAAUGACAUUCUAGACAAUUCUGUGCUUCCAACUUUGUGGCAACAGUUUAUGAAAGGCCCUGUCCUGUUUCAGCAUGACAAUGCCCCCGUGCACAAAGCGAGGUCCAUACAGAAAUGGUUUGUCGAGAUCGGUGUGGAAGAACUUGACUGGCCUGCACAGAUCCCAGACCCGUGACUCCAUCGAACACCUUUGGAAUGAAUUGGAACGCCGACUGCGAGCCCGGCCUAAUCGCCCUACAUCAGUGCCCGACCUCACUAAUGCUCUUGUGGCUGACUGGAAGCAAGUCCCCACAGCAAUGUUCCAACAUCUAGUGGAAAGCCUUCCCAGAAGAGUGGAGGCUGUUAUUGCAGCAAAGGGGGGACCAACUCCAUGUUAAUCCCCAUGAUUUUGGAAUGAGAUGUUCGACGAGCAGGUGUCCACAGACUUUUGGUCAUGUAGUGUAUAUCCCACAAACAUCCAUCCAGUUAGUCGCCUUUGCUCAUUUGGAUUUUUAUAUUUGUCUAACUAGUGUAUUUCAAAAUUGCUCAAAUCGCCUGUCAUGUAGACAUGUGAGGCCCUGACUUUUCUAACUCUGUCUGCUAGCUACACUACUUUUUUCAGUUGUUUUCAAUUACUGUCACGUUGGCCACAUCCACUGAAACCCUGGCCUUGACAAGGCUGUAUAUACUGUGGAUUAGCGCAAUGUAAAACCCAGAGAUCAGGAGGCCCAGCCCACUGUGCAAACAGACCUGGCUAGCUAACCUCCUCCUGUCCUCUAUACCUUUUCCACUUCCUGUCCCCCAUGGCUCCCACAAACUCUAAUUGUCCGUCAUUUAAUUUACAUUUAUCUGCUCCACACUGAGGCACUGCGCGGUUUCCAGGAGGGUCAUUUGCUGGAAGAGUGCCAGGUUUCUUUUUACCCAUUGGGCAGAGGGGCCAGUUCAAGAUGUGGAAAUAAAACUGGAGCAGAGGGGAGAUUGUUUCGUCACGAGAGCCCUAAAACAGAUUAAGGACUAUAAAGAAACCUCAUACAAGUAUAAUUGGGAAAAUUACGAAAGCCUAUGUAAGGAAUUAGCACGCAUGAAACAAGGACAAGUCCUGGGACUAAUGUUGUGUAGCUUGAUAGGGGGAUUGCGUAAGAAAGGAUACAGUGCAUUCAAAGUUCCCUCUCUAGAUGCUAUAAGCUUCAGUGUCAUCUGAAUAUCCUUUGACCGCUAACCUCUGACCUCUCCUUCUCUCUGUCCACAGCUGUCAUUGCGGGCGGAGUUAUUGGCUUCCUCUUUGCCAUCUUCCUCAUCCUCCUCUUGGUUUACCGCAUGAGGAAGAAGGACGAGGGCAGCUACGACCUGGGAGAGAGGAAACCGUCUGGGGCAGCAUAUCAGAAGGCCCCAACCAAGGAGUUUUAUGCAUAAAGCCCCGCCCCCUCAUGAGAAGAUUGACAAAUCACAGUGACAGUUUAUGGCUGUCCAUGACAACGACAAAAGCUGUUAAAAUGCAACAACAACAAAAAAAGUAAAAAAUUGAUUGAAGAAAACAAUUAAUAAAGGAAAGCUUUUGCAUAGAGUAUUGUAAUUAAGACAUUUUCUUUCUUCUUUAAAAAAAAAAUGAAAAGCCAAGCAUUGCUUAUUUUAUGGCAAAUCUCAGUGUAUUUAAACAUUUUGUGUGUUAUUUGAAAAGGCUGGGAAAAAACGACAAAAAACACAAUCUGUAAAGGUCAGAAAAACUGAUUGCAUCUGUCUUCUGUCAAAGCAGCCGUUUUUAGUCGCUGACUACUUUUUAACUGUAGCAGUAUGUAUUUGUAAAGAACAUUUUUAAAAGUGGAAAUAAUUGAAUAUAAUUAUUCUGUAUCAAUCCUACUUUCAUAUUUUUUUUCAUUUUUGUCCUAGCAUGUCUGACAUUGAUCUCAAAAAGGUGUAUUUCAUUAAUUUAUCUUUUUUUUCUCCGAUGUAAAAAAAAAAUGCCUUUGUAGUUUUCAUGAAGUUAUUUAGUCUUCAUAUUAACGCUGAUAACGGUCAAUGUAAAUGUUCUCCCUUCAGGUUACAAUGUUUAUUUUUUGCUCUCACACCAAUCUAGUGGAAAGUGAGCAUUUAAUUUAAUUUUUGUUUGUCUUGUUUGUUUUCUUUCGAUGUAUCUCUUGGUCAAAACCAUUUCUUAUACAGCAUACAUGUUUAUAAUUGGGAAUUGGUCUUAAAAAGCUAAGAUGUGUCAGGGGUUCAAGAAAAAGAUACAAGACCUACUUUACAGUAUGUCUUGUGGAUGAUUAUUUUAUUUAAUUGCAUACGACUUUUCAUAUUGCACAUUCACUGCAUUUCUCCUCUGCUGGUCUCGUUCAGCUCUGAGUGUUUAGUAUGUUUGGGGUUAAAUUUGGCUCAGUGGCAUUGCCCUGCAACCCCCAAUGUUUCCCCCUAGUUUACGUUGCCUGUCCCACCUCCCCCCUCUCUUCCCCAGCACUCUCUCCAUCUCCUCAUGGUAAUCAAAUUGGACCAGCGCCAGUGGACCUGUCGGCCCCUCCCCUUUUUCUCACUCCACUGUGUUGCCAGCGCGCCCAGUGUUUUUGUCUCCCGUGUCGAUGGUUUAGUCAGGAGAUCCUUUCUUUCUAUGUGCAACUGGACACGCACCAGCUGCCAAUUGAAACGAGUCAGCUCUGUGCGGAUCACAGGGCUGUUCCUAGUGAUUCAGAACCUGUCGUUAGAGUGAAAUGGAACUUUGGAUCCUUUUUCUAAGGUUUCAAGUGUUGUGGUCAGUCAAUCCAUUUCGAUUUGAGCUAACCCAAAACAUAACGUAGUUGCUGUCCUGCAAAAUUGUAGAUUACACCUUCCUCCGUUUCGUGGGGAGGAGCUCUCCUGAGAGCGAUUAUCAGACAGUGUGAGGUUGGUUACCAAGAACAAAACAUAUACCAGGAACAAUACAUCCUUUGAUUGACCUGUUGUUGUCACCCUUUCUCAUUGAAACGGUCACCUCUGCAUGAACCUGCAGUGAGGAGAAAGGUACAACAGGUUGUGAAGUUGCCUUUGAGAUGUUGAGCUGUACAGUAAUGUGAAGUAGAGGUUGUCAUCUGAACUCCUACCACCCAUCUGAGGCCAUCCUCCUCCAUGCAUCCCUUCCUCCUCCUCCUCCCUCCCCACUCUGCUAUACCCUCCAGCUCCUGCCCUCUACCUACAAUCUCUCUCUCUCUCUCUCUCU